GCGGAUGAAGCGAAAAAGAAGGAAGAGGCCGAGAAGGCUCGAGCAGAAGCCGAAGCCCAGAAGAAGGCUGAGGCUGAGGCCAGAAAGGCGGCGGAAGCCAAAAAGAAGGAAGAGGCUGAGAAGGCUCGAGCAGAAGCCGAAGCCCAGAAGAAGGCUGAGGCAGAGGCCAAGAAGGCAGAGGAAGCCAAAAAGAAGGAAGAAGCUGAGAAGGCGCGGGCAGAGGCCGAAGCCAAGAAGAAGGCGGAUGAAGAGAAGAAGAAGGCUGAGGCUGAGGCCAAGCGCAAGGCAGAGGCGGAGGCUGUCAAGGCCAAGAAGGCCGCUGAGGAGAAGGCAGCCGCAGAAGCCAAAAAGGCCAGAGAAGAGAAGGCUGCAGCUGAGGCCAAAAAAGCCGCAGAUGAGAAAGCAGCUGCAGAAGCAAAGAAGGCAGCGGAAGAAAAGGCAAAGGCCGCUGCUGAGGCUGCUAAGAAGGCCCCUCGCAGCGCCAGUGCACCAGCAAAGGCGAAGAAGCCUGCGGAUGUGGCGCUGGCCGAGUCUUCGACCAAGAGGUUGAAGGUCAAAGACCAGCAGUACAAGGCGCUGCAAGCCAUCGAGGCGAAGAAGAAGGAUGCUGAGGCGAAAGACAAGGAGCUCGCAAAUCAGAUCUCCAACCUCGACGGCAAGAUUAAGAGAGCGAAUGAAGAGUACAAGAAGGCUAAGGGCAGUGCCAAGGAUGCCAAGCUCAAGGAGCUUGCAAGUCUCCGAGAUGAGAAGGUGGUUGCCGAGAAGAGCAGGAAGACCACACAGGCUGCGCUGGUGGAGGAGAAGCGAGCCGUCAACACUGCCAAGAAGGACCUCGAGACCGCAGAGAAGAGCAUUGAGAGCUCGAAGAAGGAAGUCAAGACAGAGCUCCAGUCACUGCGCUCCAACGCGCGACCCAAGCUGGAGAAGACUGUGAAUGAGACUAAGAAGAAGGCAGAGGAAGCCAAGAAGCAGCAGUCCGAUGCUGCUGCGCGCUUCUCGAACCUCCAGUCCAAGCAGAAGGAGCAGGCUUCUCGGGCGAAGUCCGCUGAAGGCCGACUGCAGACGGAGCUUGCUCAGGCCAAGCAAGCCGUCGAAAAGGCUGCUCCCGGCAACAUCUUCAGCUCGCCAAAGAGAGAUGCCAAGAAGCUGGCCGUCAAGAAGCAACGUGAGCUCAAGAAGACCUUGGAGGCAGACAAGAAGGAGAGCGCAGACAUUGCCAGGAACCUGCAAGACGCCACGAAGAGCAAGAGCUCGACAGAGAACCAGGCCGCAGAUGCUGCCUCCAAGCUCGCAAAAGCCGAGGCCGACUUGUCCGUGGAGAAGCAGUCCGAAGAUGCCCUGCAGGGGGCGAUCAACCAGCUUGAGCCGAAGUUAUUCUUCGGCUUGUUCUGA